AUGCAGGUUACUGGCACUGCUGCAGUCCACGCGGGACCUGUUAGCCGUCAGUCUGGAAACCAUGCCCCUGGUCUUGGUCGGCUUGCCAACGUCUCCUCUCUCUUAUUAUCCUCAUCAUUCAGGAAAGAAGAACUACCUCUUCUUUCCCAAGUGGCGGCUGACGUGGGAAUUCAAGUGAACCCUCCAUCGAGAUUUCUAGCUUGCCCUCCACCUCUGCAGCCCUCCAACAUAACCAUAAGUCCAGAGGACCCCUACCUGGAAAACCCCAUACCCGUUCCAAAAACCAGAUUCGACAGAAACCACAUUGGGAACUUUUGGAGAAUCAUUUGUUGCUGUGAUGGGUUGGAACAGAGGAGUCAACUGAUCAUGCUUCCUCUCAUCAUUACGAUCAUGCUUCCUCUUAUCAUUAAGAUCAUGCUUCCUUCCAUCAUUACGAAUAAAUCCAUCAAUGUUGGUUUCGCGGAAAAGUUGGGAGGUGGUUUCACGAGCAAAUCUGGUAACGAGUGA